AUGUUCAAAGUGAAUUUUGUCAUGUGUUUUGUACUCACGAUUGUUAGCUCGGACAAUAGCGUCGAUGGCCCAACCGAAGACCCAAUCGCAAAAAAUGAUGGCGAAACAGAUGCGAUUCGUGUAAAUUUAACAAAUGGCACGAUUGUUUCGGAGCUGCAGCACACUAUAUGCAGCGUAAAAACCGAAGACGUCGUGGCUAGUGCACAAUCCACUGUUUCAAGAAUAUUUACCGGCGUCUGCACGUCAGAAGAAUUGACGAGAGCUUUUAAAAGUAUGGAAAAGACGUUUCUGGAGCAUCUGGAGAAAAUGCAGCGAAAUUUGGUGGAUUUCAUCGAGACAAAGUUUCGUCAUCCCGUGCCUGAGAAGAAAACCAUCAAGAAUUCAAAAUCCUCUCCCUUCAUAACUGUCGAUUAUCUAUUCGAAAGAAAUAUUUUUAAAAAUUACACUUGA